GUCGCGGACUCGAUCCUAAACGGGAAGGGCUACGUGUACAUCUGCGGUGACGCGAGGAGCAUGAGCAAGGCGGUCGAGGAGACGCUGUGCAGGAUAUUGGGCGAGGCGAAGGGCGGCUCGGCGGAGGUGGAGGGCGCGGCGGAGGUUAAGUUGCUGAAGGAGCGCAGCCGGAUGCUCUCGGAUGUCUGGAGCUGAGGGAGCUUUGCUCAUUGUCUUGUGUUUUUCAUACACGCGCUGCUAUCCAUCGCUGUCGACGAUCCUUUUUGCGGGCCCCGAUCCGUAUCUCUUGGAAGUAGAUUUAUUUAUCUGUCUUGUGCAUCAGACUGGCCGUAGACCAUGCAUACAAUGGAAUCACUCCUGCACCCCACUUCUUGCUCUGAUGCCCCGUCUGCUAUGUUCAUCGCAACAAUCCAUGCCUCCAGAAGACCAGAGUCCCUCGUGGCCUGAUACAGCUGGCGAGAGCUCAAGCCGGUGUCUGAUGCGCCGUCAGUCUGUUGUCGGAAAUCUGGAGGCGAACACUGGAAUGCACUGUUCACGAACAAUAUAUGUCACCUGCGCACCGCGGCGCUGAAAGUUUGUUCAAUGACGUUACCCAUCGCGGGGCAGCUGCUCGGUGGUUCCUUGUGGUGAAAGUCUGCCACGGCGAUCCCUCAAUGCUUGCCGUUUG